AUGAAAUCUAUCAAAACUGAAGAUCUCAAAAUUCACAUCUCAGAACCGGCAACGGAAAGGGGGCGCCCGGCGGGCUCGGUGGCGAAACUCCACGCUUGCUGUCUGUGGCAGACGACACUCAGCCAGAGGAGAAACCUGAACGCUACCGUGAGGUUGCAGGACACCCUGGGACAGGAGCUGACGCUGGCCAACAAGCAACUCCUGAUGGCCCGUCGGGCGGCCCUGCGCGCGCUGCUGGAAGCGGAGCAUCGCCGGUGGCAGCGGGAGCUCGGCGAGGGCGGCAGAGCGCGCUUCGUAGAGAGACUCUGAGCGCAUCUGGAGCUGCUCGGAGCGGCUCGCGCGCGGACAGACGCUCGUCCCUCGGUCCCGAGUCUCCGUUUCUCUGAACAGUGUUAAUUCGUGGCCAUAAAUCCGAA